CUCACAUUUUCCUUUCACAAUAAACAAACCUCCCCCCUCAAAGCCGAAAAACCAGAGCUCUCAGCUCUAUUUUUCUCUUGCUAUUCUCAAUCCUUUUUUCAACAAACUGUUAACGAUCUUGUCAGAUAUCUCUGAAAUCCUGAAGUUGGAGCUAGUUUUAAGUGAAAUAAUGGAGAGAGAUUUUAUGGGUUUGACUCAUCACGUGAAGCAAGAAGUCAUUGAAGAACAUAUAGAUCCAGCACCUCUGAGAAGUUCAGCAAUGCAGUGGUCAUUCUCGAACAACAUCUCUACUCAUCCUCAAUACCUCUCUUUCAAGGCUGCUCAAGAGGAUAGGCCGAAAACUGGUUUUGAUUCUCUUGCAUCAACUGGAUUGGUGACUAUAACCACAACUGAAGCUGUCGACUCAAGUCAUCGACCAUACUCUGGUGUAACACAGAAAAACAUGAUGCUUGAAAAGCAAGGUGGAACACACUACAUGUCGACAACUUUCUCUCCUCAUCACUAUGAUGCACACUCCCUGCCUCGAUCUCAUGGAGUCAGAGUGCUCCCAGUUUCCAACCCAACAAAUCAGAUUUCUGUAUCUAUGACUAUGCCUGGUCAUAAGUCCUUUGUUUCUCCUCUUGGACAGAAUCCAGUUGCUAGCCCCAUUUCAGCUGUUCCAACUAACAGCGCUGUCGUGGGCACUACUGAUUUAAGGGGUGCUCCGAAAACUCCCCCAGGUCCUGCUCAGUUGACCAUCUUUUAUGCUGGUUCAGUCUGCGUUUACGAUAAUGUUUCACCAGAGAAGGCUCAAGCUAUUAUGUUGCUUGCUGGAAAUGCAUCACCUGUUACGCCAAGUGCAACAUCUACUCUAUCUCCAGUUCAGGCGCCUAUACCCAAGUCCUCUUCUGUUGACUCUUUUGUUGUAAAUCAGUGCCACAACACAACACCUACUCUUCCCAGCCCCAUUUCUAUAACAUCUCAUUGUGGAUCUCAACCUGCCGGAGUGUCUAGUAAUACAAAUGGAGUAACUAUUAUCAAAUCAAUUGGGGUCCUACCAUCUCCUUCUAAUAAAGCAGAACUUUCCAAAUUUUCCAGUUCCAUAGGAUCUGUUCCUGCCACCUUUGUUCCAUCAGCUGUGCCGCAGGCACGCAAGGCAUCAUUGGCUCGGUUUUUGGAGAAGCGCAAAGAAAGGGUAAUAAGUGCAUCACCUUACGACAGCAGCAAGCAAUCCCCAGAAUGUAGCUCUCUUGGAUAUGGAAGCAGAAGUUUCGCUAAAAACACUUUAGGCUCUUGUCAUCCCCAUGUAAUCAAUUUGGUCAAGGAGACGUGAAAAAUGCCAAUGGUGGCAAAAUAAUGUAGACGCAAGAUCAAGACUGUAGCGAGAGAUUAUUUAAGCUAUUAAAUUUGUGUUCGUCUUGACCUCAAUACUUCAGUUCUUUGUUAGAUACGAUUAUUUUAGGUUGUUUUCCUUGUAAUUGUGAUCAGAGCCUUUUCAUCUGAAAACACUACGAGCCUUUUGUAGGUUUCCAUUUUUGCCAAUGUAAAGAAGCAUUCUUUUCAAUGUUACCUUGUUCAGGGUAUGUUUUAUUC